CUGCAACCCAUAAUGGCAGCAAAAAAGAGAAAGGCGGGCCCCCAGGCCCCCAAGGAAGCGCCGAGCUCCUCGAAACUUGCCAUCAACACCUACGCCGACGUUGCCGAUUCCGAAGACGAAUUCCACAUCAACCGCGACAAGAUCCUGCUCGACGAGGGCCCGGAGGCAAAGAGGCGUAGAAGAUGGCGGGAAGAAGAACAGGACCUGCAGGCCUCUGACGAGGAUGUCUUGGACUAUUCUGAGAGCGAGAACGAAGACGACGCCGAUGAAGACGCGGCGCAGGAAACCGGAUCAGAAGCGCCUGGUGCCGAUGAAGAGGACGACGAAGAGGCCGAAGGCUGGGGUCCUUCCAAGAAAGACUACUACAAUGCCGACGCGAUAGAGACGGAGCAGGAUGCCCUCGACGAAGAGAAGGAGGCACUGCGGCUCCAGAAGAAGCACCUCGAAGGCAUGACCGAAGCUGACUACGGAUUCGACGAGGCCGACUGGAUUGCUGCAGACAAGGAAGAAGAGCCCGGGGCAGAUGCAGAUGGUGAGGUGAUCACGGAGGUCUUGCCGCAGUUGCAAAUCACAAAAGACAUGAGCGCCGCAGAGCGCCUCAAGAUCCUCAAGACAAGAUACCCCGAAUUCGAGCCGCUUUCCAAGGAGUUCCUGGACCUACAACCACUGCACAACGAACUGGCUUUGGCGGCUGCGGCCGCGGAGAAGAUGAAGGCCGCGAAGACGAUGGUUGCGAAGCAGAACAAGGUGGUUAAGACUCCGGCAGCAGUCAUCAAAUACAGAGCUCUAGCGGCAUAUCUUGCUGCAAUGACUAUGUAUUUUGCACUGCUUACCUCCACCUCUGCUUCGACAACCGACGGUUCAGUAACGGCCUUGUCGCCUACGGAGCUCCGUGAUCAUCCAGUGAUGGAUGGCUUGGUCCAGUGCCGCGAGCUAUGGACUCAGGUCAAGGAUCUUUCAAUCACAAACAAGAUUGAAGACAGCGAUACUAGCAACGAGCUAGCAUCUUUCGAGGAACCGUCCAUGGAUGUUGACGGUGACGCUGAUAUAAUCGAUGACGCUGUUGCCAAACCCAAGUCAAAGAGGAAGACGAAGGCGCAGCAGGCCGCCGAAGCUGCUCAGGCCGAGUCCGAGGCGAGGAGAGCGGAGCGCUUGCGCAAGACGGAGGAGGAGCUUGCCGCACUGUCAUCACUCACCGACCGCGCAGCAGUGCGGAAGACAACCAAAGCCCGGAAGCCAACCCGAGAGGCCAGCAGCGCUGCGGCAAACGCCGACGGCGACUCAGACUUUGGCGAUGAGACGGAGCUCACGGCUCAAGAGCUGGCGGAGAAGGCGCGCAAGAAGAAGAGCUUGCGCUUCUACACGUCGCAGAUUGCGCAGAAGGCCAACAAGCGCGGUGCUGCAGGCAAGGACGUCGGCGGCGACACGGAUAUUCCGUACCGCGAGCGACUGAAGGACCGGGAGGCGCGCCUGAACGCGGAGGCAGUGAAGCGCGGCAAGCAGAAGGCGAGCAAGGAGGAAGAGCUGGGCGGGGACAGCGACGAGGAAGACGCAAGGCAGGCUCGGGCAAUACGCGCAGAUGCUGGCGCCAAGGACGCCUCCGAGGACGACGAGUACUACGACAUGGUGGCGGCGCGCUCGAAGAAGAAGAAGGCAGACAAGGCCGCCGCUGCCGCUGCGUACGCACAGGCGGCGCGCGAGGGCGGCCAAGUCGUCGAAACGGAGGCGGUCGGUGCCGACGGCAAGCGUGCCAUCAGCUACGUGAUUGAGAAGAACAGAGGUCUCACCCCGCACCGCAAGAAGGACGUGCGCAACCCGCGUGUCAAGAAGCGCAAGAAGUUUGAGGAGAAGAAGAAGAAGCUGGGCAGUGUACGCGCGGUGUACAAGGGCGGCGAGGGCAGAGGCGGAUACAAGGGUGAGAUGACGGGUAUCAAGAAGGGAUUGGUUAAGAGUGUUAAGUUGUAGAUUUCUGUGGGCUGUUGCGGAAUUCAUCACGCGCGUUGAGGCUGGCUGUCAAAUAGUGCAAAGUGCAAUCAGUGAUUCAUUUGAUGUCUUUAAAGUACCCUGCAGCUACCGUACCCCAUCGGGC